AUGGAUCUUCGCAUGAGCUCGGUUUUGCUUUUGAUCCUUACAUUUUUAACCCCCAGAAUUCUAUCGAUGCGAUACGAGAUUCGCUCCGGGGAAACGAAAUGCUUCGCGGAGGAUCUCCGUGAGAACACCAUGUCCGUUGGGAAAUACUUCGUCGUAAACCCUAACGAAAAGCAUCAUCUUUCUGCUUCCCACAAAAUCACCGUCAAGCUGAUGCCGCCAAAAGGGGAGUCGUUGCUGCACGAAGCCGAUAACGUGGAGGCUGGGCAGUUCUCGUUUACUGCGUAUGAGACCGGGCAUUACUUAGCGUGCAUCACGGCCGUCGAUCAUAAUCCGGCGACGACGUUCACCGUUGAUUUUGAUUGGAGGUCUGGUGUUCACUCUGUUCACUCCAAGGAUUGGUCCAAAGUCGCCAAGCAAAGCCAAGUCAAAAUGAUGGAGUUACAGGUUGAGAGAUUGUUCGACACUGUUAAGGACAUCCACGAUGAGAUGUUUUAUCUCCGUCUUAGUGAAGAAGAAAAUCAGGACGUGAACAGAUCCACAAACACGAAGAUGGCGUGGUUGAGUUUCUUGUCGCUUGGGGUUUGUUUAUCUGUGGCUGGUCUGCAGUUUUGGCACUUGAAAAAUUUCUUCGAGAAAAAGAAACUCAUCUAA